CAGCGCAUGAAGCGCGUCAUGCGCACGCUGGAGGAGCAGAUCGAAGUCACCGCGCGCAGUCUUGCGGCCAUGGAGCAGCUGGGAUCACACCUGAAGCGGGUCACCGACUUGUUACAGGAAGCGGGGGUCAUGCCGAUUGGAGGCGUUGGAGAGCACGAGCCGUUCACGGACGCACAGGAGCAGCAGCUACAUGUCCCUUGACCAAGCGGAGGGCCACUAUUUAUUGCCGCGAUGAUUUUCUUGACUGUUUAAGAGAUGUAACACCUGAACCACGUUCUUCACCACUCGUC